CCCCGACGAGCUCCUCCUCGGGAUGCGCCGCCUCUGCCGGCUGCACCCACCGCGGCGUUCAUUCAGCAUCGAUGCCCGACGGCGGCAGCAACCUCGCCGGAGAACCACGGCCCCACUUCGCAACCUCUUUAUUUUCGCUUUUAUUCUUCCCGUUUCAUCCCCCCUCUCUCUCUACUCCCUCCCACAGGAACGGGCCAUGGUCGCCUCAAGUAGGCCCCAACCGCCGCCGCCGGUCUCUACGAAGAGCUCGCGCCACCGGAUCUGCGGCCUGCGCUGUCCCCAUUCCUAGAUUCGGUGGAGUUCACCCGCCAUCCCGUGCCUGCACGCCCAAGCCGAUGCGCACCCCUCCCGCGGGACGCCGCUUUGCCCCGCCGUGCAUCCCAGCCGGGGCUCGGAGUUGGAUGGUCAAGAAAGGAGGACAUGGAGCGAGGCGUUCUUGGUGGCCGUGCACACGGGGCAGGUGUUCACAGCGGGUUCGCACACGCCGCACAGGGACAGGUGCCGGCAAUGGAGCAGCAGAACGCAGACGUCCCACGGCGACGGCGCAUGGGGGUUUACAGCAGCUGGUGCACGGAGGCCGGCAGCGAUGACCUCGUGGCUCUUAGCGACGCCAAGCCACGCCUGGCCCUCUACUGUCAUCUGUACAGUGUACACAUGCCAUGGCGGCCGCGCCAUCAAGCUCCAACACCAAGCCAAGCCACGCCUGGCCCUCUGCCGUCAUCUGGACGCAUGCCAUGGGCCAAGGUGGACACGGUCCGGGCCGGUCCGGUCCCUGACCGAGCCGCCGUUUGGACCGGCCGCCGGCGGGCCGAACCGGACCGGACCGACCAGCGCCGCGGUCCUCUUUUCAGGCACCGGACCGAUGGUGGUGAAGCUCGGGCCGGACCGAGAGGACCGCCCAUGCAGGCAUAUGGCGACGGUGAGCGGCGGUGCAUGGCGACGGCGAGCGGCGGCGCACGUCCGCAGGAGUCUAGGGGGCACGGGAAGGAGAAGGAGAGGGAAAAUAGCCGCGGGCCUCGCCCUCGCCACGCUCGGCAUGGCCGUCUCCAGGCUAGCCGAGAAGAAGCGCAUGGACACCUCGAGCGGUGCCGGCGGCGGCGUCACCAUCAGGCUCAGCGCGUUCUGGCUGGUGCCCCAGUUCUUGGUGGUGGGCGUCGGCGAGGCGUUCGAAGACCCCCGAGAGGAUGAAGUCCAUAGGCACGGGUCUGUUCCUGGCGUGGCUCUUGUUGCCUCCUGAUUCCAAAGAAAAAAACUUGUUUCCUCGUUGUUUCC